AUGCUGCUCACCACUGAGGCGAUGCUGCUCACCACUGAGGCGAUGCUGCUCACCACUGAGGCGAUGCUGCUCACCACUGAGGCGAUGCUGCUCACCACUGAGGCGAUGCUGCUCACCACUGAGGCGAUGCUGCUCACCACUGAGGCGAUGCUGCUCACCACUGAGGCGAUGCUGCUCACCACUGAGGCGAUGCUGCUCACCACUGAGGCGAUGCUGCUCACCACUGAGGCGAUGCUGCUCACCACUGAGGCGAUGCUGCUCACCACUGAGGCGAUGCUGCUCACCACUGAGGCGAUGCUGCUCACCACUGAGGCGAUGCUGCUCACCACUGAGGCGAUGCUGCUCACCACUGAGGCGAUGCUGCUCACCACUGAGGCGAUGCUGCUCACCACUGAGGCUAUGCUGCUCACCACUGAUGCGAUGCUGCUCACCACUGAGGCGAUGCUGCUCACCACUGAGGCGAUGCUGCCCACCACUGAGGCGAUGCUGCUCACCACUGAGGCGAUGCUGCUCACGACUGCUGGCGCACCAGAGGAACUUUUUUCCAUAUCUCUUACUAAUCAUUUUCCAUAUCUCGCUUGGCAGCGAGGGGGAGGUAGCGACGGCUCUGGUGGUAUGGCUUUCGCCGCCGCGGCCAACUUGCACACGGCAAGCAGCAAGGCAGAGUGUGCCUGCCUGCCCUCUCGACACCGGCAGCAGAAAGGCCAGGGGGCAACGCUGUUGCUUACCUCGUGCGCUGGCUCACCUCCUUGUCUCCACGUGCUCUCCUGCCCGUCCUUGCAGAGGCACAGGGCUGACGUGACACUGGGGCACCACGCAUGGGCGUGGGGAGGCCAGGAGGUGCAGAGGAGAGGAGAGGAGGUGCCAGAAUCACUGACUGGCGGGGCUCCUCUGCCAUUCACCUUGUAA